AUGCGCCAGCUCAAGAUGUUCGGGAUAGAAGCGACAAUAGGGGAAAAGACGCAUCGAUUUCGCAAGAUGGAACUGGAUGCAUCCAAGCCGUUCCGUCUUCUCAUUGUCGGCGUCAAUGUCCUCGACGCUUCUGCCACGGCCUUGGCACCAGCAGUUACCAUCAUCUUGUACACGGUAACGCGCAUGAAUCUUGCCACAGAAGUCCCAAAACCAGAUGAAAUCUUCACUUCACUCUCUCUGAUUGCCCUUCUUGCCAGCUCCGUUGCACUCUUAUCUCUUGCACUCACCAAGUUUACAUCUGGCAUAGGCUCCUUCGAUAGGAUACAAGACUACCUCUUCGCAGAGAUAAACUCAGGUGACUCCAUUCAUAUUCACCCGAACGACAUGGCGAUGGAACUGGCAGCUCUGCCUGGAAGUGAACUCGUCCGUGUUCAAGGCGGUUCGUUUCGAUACGGGAACGAUGGCGAUUGUCAGCUCAACAACAUGACUUUUACUGUGAACCGAGGAGAGGUUGUUGCCGUCGUAGGUCCCCUUGGUUGCGGAAAGUCGUCGCUACUAAAAGCAGUGUUGGGGGAAGUGUCCUGCGCUGGGGGCCGGCUGUCAAUGCAUGCCACAUCAGUAGCCUACUGCCAGCAGACGCCAUACAUGUUCAACGGCACCAUUAAGAACAACAUUACUGGGGACGUUCAUGUAGAUGCAUCGUGGUUGGAGAAGGUACUUUUCUCAUGUGAUUUGACCUCGGACAUCGAGAACUUGCCAACCAGUCUCGACACGGUGGUGGGCGCCUCAGGGCUACAGCUUUCUGGCGGGCAGAAGCAGAGAGUAGCGUUGGCACGCGCAGUCUACGCAAAACCGCAGCUUCUUCUUUUGGACGAUGUUUUGACAGCUUUAGACACCAUCACAGCCAGUCGUAUCUUCCAGCGCUUGUUUGGCCCGACUGGCGUCAUCCGUCAGCUCCAGGCUGGCAUCAUGAUAGUGAGGGUCGCACCGGAUCAGCUUCUUGCUGCUACCAACAAGGUGAUUGUUCUCUCUGAAAAAGGCCACAUUGAUGCUGAGGGAAGCUACACUGAUAUUUUGGCGACUUGUCCGCUCCUACAAAAUUCAUCACUACCCAAGGACCGCUCUGAAAGUUCUGAAGAUGUGCCGGUGCCUGAUUCGGAGAAGCAGACUGCCCGUCCAAGGGCAACAAAGGCUAGCCCAGUCACGACAAUCUCUACGACAGCCAAAAGUCGCAGUAGCGGAGACCUAACCCUCUAUUCCUAUUACAUUAACUCCAUCGGCCGAUUAUCGUUUGCUUUUAUCCUAGGAUUUUCCAUUCUCUAUGUCGUCAGCCUCGUGUUUCCGCAAGUAUUGCUCUCAUGGUGGUCCGGCUCCUUGCCUGGACGGGGUCUUACCUACCUUGUCACCUAUACAGUCUUGUCCAUCUUAAGCGUAAUAGCUAUUGGCUUGUCCAUUGGUUACUUCUUUGUCUGGGCUGUUCCCUAG